ACCACAGAAUAAUUCUCCCAAAUAUUGCAUGUGCUCUCGCACCAUCACCUCUUUUGUUUCUUGAGAAACAAUUUGUCAUAAUUUUAUAACAACCUCCUCCUCAUACUCCUUCUAUCUCUUCCUCUCUUCCACUCAGAUCCAGUUGCUCAAUUUAUAUGCAACUCGGCUCAUGCACCGACUGACUCCCGUCCUAUUCAAUCAUUUUAGCUGAGGCUCUCUUCAGAACAUCAGAUCCCAUCUGAUCGAGCACUCACUGCUACAACAAUGGGGGAAAAGAAGGUGACUAUAAUGAUUCUGAAGGUUGACCUUCAGUGUGAGGAAUGCUACAGGAAGGUCAAGCAAGUUCUCUGUAAAUUCCCACAAAUACGAGACCAGAGGUACGACGAGAAGAACAACCUGGUGAUCAUCAAAGUGGUCUGCUGCAGUCCUGAAAAGAUCAGGGACAAGCUAUGCUGCAAAGGAGGUGGCGUCAUUAAGUGGAUCGAGAUCGAAGAGCCUCCUCCUCCGCCUCCGAUCAAAGAGCCUCCUCCUCCUCCGCCUCCGAUCAAAGAGCCUCCGCCUCCUCCGCCUCCGAUCAAAGAGCCUCCGCCUCCUCCGCCUCCGAUCAAAGAGCCUCCUCCUCCUCCGCCUCCGAUCAAAGAGCCUUCUCCUCCUCCGCCUCCUUGCCGGUGCCCUUGCCGGCCGGUGAAACCGUGUUGUUGGGAUUGUUACGAAGGGCGUCCUGGUGGUCCCUGCGAAACUUACCCUCGGCGGCCGGUGAAACCGUGUUGCUCGGAUUGUCACGAAGGGCGUCCUGGUGGUCCCUGCGAAACUUUCCCUCCGCGGCCGGUGAAACCGUGUUGUUCGGAUUGUUACGAAGGGCGUCCUGGUGGUCCUUGCGAAACUCACCCUCCGCGGCAGGUGAACACGUGUUGUACGGAUUGUUACGAAGGGCGUCCUGGCGGUCCCUGCGAAACUGGGUAUGGUUACGGUGGGCCUGUCCCUUACAUACAGUAUGGAAGGCCGGUGUAUGAUAGUUACGGCGGUGGGAGGAGCAAUACCACUAGUUACUGCGUGACCCGCCCCGAUUGUUUCAGUGAAGAAAAUCCCCAAGCGUGCGCCAUCAUGUAAAACCAUACGUACCAACCUACUGUGCCUUUUGCUGCCUUCGUAGGGAAGUUUCCCAUCAGCUCGGUGGUCCUUCACUUUCACAGUUUUAAAGUUGUACGACGUUGGUGUUUUUUUUUUUAUAUUUGACGUUGGUGUUGUCUUAGAGAAUAAUAGAACGAAAGUAAAGAAUAAAGUAUGGUUGGUGUCUUGGUGAUGGUGGUGGACAAGUCGCGAUCAGAUUAUGGAGCGAUUCAUUAACUAGCUACAAGAUGAAGUUGUUACAACUUUUAUUUGAUUAAUGAAAUAAUAGUUUCCGAUAAUUAUUUGCA